GGAUGAGAAAUGAAAAGGUCAAAUUUAUAUGCGGAAAUGUUAGAAAACAACAUGGCUUCGGGAGGAAAAGGAGACGAUCAAGACACAGGAUCUUUUAAAGAUACCAUAGUGAAACAGCUAAUUGUGUUGUUAAAGAAUUUCAUCUGGAAGCAGAUCGAAAGACGUUCACUGGGUAAUGCUGAAAUGAUUAGGAAAGUACUGGACACACCGCAGCUCAAUACCCCACAGAUGCAAAAAAUAUCUCGGUGUCUCCAGGCUGUUGGAGAUCAAGUGGAUGGAGAUGUACAAAGUGCAAUGAAAGAUCAAACAAUGCGUCCCUCAUUAGAGAACUACAUCAAAGUUGUCCUCGGGAUCUUUUCAGACGGUGAAAUCAACUGGGGCAGGGUGGUUACAGUAUUUUCCUUUACCUGCCUAUUUGUUUUGAAGGCAUACGAAGACAACAUUUUUGACAUGAUAAAAAACAUAAUCAACUGGACCGUAGAUUAUUUCCGGAAUACGGUUGUCAACUGGAUACGAGAUCAAGGUGGCUGGGAGGGGAUUUACUCUUACCUUGGCACUCCCACAUGGCAAACGGUGGCAGUUUUUCUGGCUGGCGUUCUCACCACCCUUUUCAUCACCCACAAUGCGAGGCGUCCAUGAGGCGCAAACGGAAGAACUAUGCAGCAGUUGAACGAGAAGAUAAUGGGCGGCAAGUCGAGUCAAACAAGAGGAUCUCGUAUACAGGGAAGGAUUCCUGAUCUCCCGUUCGAGUGUGAGAUUGUGAGUUGGACUAGAAGUGUUCCUGUUUACAUACACAAAAUCAGGGGAUUUUAGAAA